UGUCCUGACCAGAGCAGACCAGGGUUAGACAGCAACAACAGCUCCAUCUUAAACAACAGGAAGACGUUUCCCACCAAAACUUCACCAGAACUACUUGAAGGAUGAAUCCCAUCAGGCGCAGAGAGUCGGUUUGCAGGAGUCUUUUUGGCCCGGUGGACCACGACCAGCUGCGCCGCGACUUGACGCAGAGGCUGAAGGAGAUCGCUGAGCAGGACAGCCGUCGCUGGAACUUUAACUUCCAGACUGAAACGCCGCUGGCAGGCAGGUUUCAGUGGGAGGAAGUACCCGCAGACUGCGCGGCUGCUCUCUAUCAGGAGUCGGCACAGCUGAAGGACGCUGUCUGUUCUUCAAACACUGAGGGUGAUGUCAGUCUCAGCUACCCUGAAGAAAGCGCAGGGACCGACCAGGAGAACUGCUCCAGCAUCUCCAACAAACACAAGUGUCCAGCUGAAGUGACGCCCGUCCGAAGGAAGAGGAUGCUCUCAAAACCGUCAACCAAGCCCAGAAACAAUGCACAAAUUACAGAUUUUUUCGCAAAGAGAAGGAGGACUACUGAAACCAAGAGCACCCUGAAUCCUUUCCAAACAAGUCCCAGUGAAGCAGCUCUGUGCAAAACAAUAAGAUGAACAUGCGACUGAAAAUGGACUAUUUAUAUUUCUAGAUACAUUUUUAUGGGCCCUGACCAAGGCCUUUUCACUGCCCCAAAUUAUUUUAUUUUAUUUUAUUUUAUUGCCAAUUUUAGUGUUUGUGAGCUGGAGUGGAAUUAAUCCAUUUGUGUUAUUUAAUAUAUUUAAUUUAUUUAAUUUUUUUUCAUUGAUAAUAUCACAAAUAUGUUUGCUUAGAGAUGUUUUUAUCAUUUCCAUCAGUAUUACUGAAUAUUAUGUUUAAAGGACUGAAAGGAUUUUUUUUAAUGUAUGUUUGAUCACUUUGUCAAUCUUGUAUGUGGAUUUUUGUUAUAUGAGCUGCUUCUAUUCUGCAAAAGCACUAUUUUGUCAUUGUCGUGUUUGCCUAAAUUAACUGAGAUGCAGAUUGUAAAUGCCUAAUGUAAAUGUAAAUAUUGCAAUUUUAAUAAAGUGACACUAAAUAUA